UUUUGAACAUUUAUUAAUAUUUUGUGUGUGUGUGUAUUUGUUUAUUUUUCAAUUAAUAGUAUCACAUAUUUUGUACUGUUACUUGUUACCAUUCAUAAACAUAUUCAAUAAAUUUUGAAGGCUUAGAAUUUCACAGUUUCCCAUCAAAUGUCUUGUUUUAUUUCAGAGCGGUGCCCUGUUAAGCAAGGACACAUUCCCCAUGGAUAUAAUCCAUUUCCAUCAUCAGUAUCUGGAGCCCAGAAUUAUUUUGAUGAAGAUGUAGUCUCUUGCUUACACUGCCCACAACAGUUCUCAUCUGUAAAAAUUUAUAAGAGGCAUCUGUCAGAGCAACAUCCAGAUACAUUACCUUACAGCUGUACAAUCUGUGGUAAAGGAUUUCACACGAAAACAGGACAGAACACCCACAUGCUGGCACAUGAUGGCAGGACAUUUUCUUGCUGCAUGUGUGUAGCAACUUUCAAGCUGAAACAUCAUUUGAAAAGGCAUUUAAAAAUACACGGUCUUUCACUGUGUGGGAAAUGUUUGGCCACAUUCAGAGAUGUUCAAGAAUUUAACCAGCAUUUAGCACAAUGUGUUUCAUAUCCAUAAACAUGUCAACUGCUCUUAAAUAACAUCUUUAGUGAAUGUUGCACUCAAACUCAGAAUAAUAAAUCCCUCAAUAUAAUGCUCCAUUGAUUACAUUGUUUUAUUUCAGAGAUGAGCUCUCUUGAUCAAGUGCAGGUUCACCAAAGGUCAAACCAAUCAUCAUCAUCUGUGCAACCUAUCUGGUGUAUGAAGUGUCCUGUGAAAUUCUCAACUCUGAAAAUGUACCACAGACAUUUAGCCGAAAGUCACCCUGAGACCCUGCCAUAUUCUUGUAGCAUUUGUGGUAAAGGAUUUCAGACGAAGACUGGCCAACAAAUUCAUGUGCAGGCCCAUGCUGGAAGGUUAUAUUUGUGUGGGAUUUGUGAUUCAAAGUUCAAGCGAAAACACCACUUGCAAGAACACACCAAGAGGCUCCACAACCUUAUUCAAUGUGGUAGAUGUUUGGCCACCUUCAGUGAUCAACACGGCUAUAAUCAACAUCUUCUGUCAUCAUGUACAGCUUUCUUUAAGUAGCUAACAGUCUCUUCUAGCAUUACGCGACUAGAUAGAAUCUUAUGUUUGUAGGGUUAUUGUUUUACUCAGUUUUGUAGGCAAAUAGAUUGCAAAAGUAUAUCAUUACCGUACCACCGUGACUCUUCAUUUAACCUUUCGAGAUGAAUUGACUAAACCAUUUCUUUUCAGGAUCCAAGAGUGUAAUUGAGGCACAGAUCAGGCAUUUAGAUCCACAUUUUUCACCUUCAAGUUCAUCUUAUAAUCCCUCUGAGCACCCACUCCAGUGCUUAUACUGCUCAGUUACUGUUCCCAAUAGGGCAGUGUAUCAAAAACAUUUGCUGCAUUAUCACCCAGAAUGCACCUCUUUUCCUUGUGGUUUUUGCCACAAAUCUUUCAAAAAUAAAUACAGUCUCCGUUCACACAUGAUAAAUCACAGAGAAAGAAGGUUCUGUUGUGCCCUUUGUGAUUCAAGAUUUAAAUUGAAGCAUCAUCUUAAGAAGCACAUGAGAUGUGUGCACAAACUGUUCCAGUGUGGGAGGUGUAUGGCUAAUUUUCAGUAUGCCGAGGAAUUAAGCAGUCACAUGGAGUUUUGUAGUGGCUCCAUUUGAACUAAAAGCAUGGAGACAAGUGUAAUAUACUCAUUUUAGGAUGCUACCAUUUCCUUUGAUUUGUCCAUAAAAAGACUUUCUGUGUUACAGGAAACAGUUUUACAUCUCCACGGAGGCCUCAUCAUUCGCAACCACUUCAAGGAUUAUUCGGCUUACCUGAAGGGGAACAAUUGAAGUGUGACCUUUGUUCACAAAUAUUUCCAUCUUGGGCCUUCUAUCAACGUCACAUGUCAACCUACCAUACCAUGCACAAGCCUUUCAGCUGUAAACUGUGUGGGAAAGGAUUGCAGACCAAAGGUGGGCUGUACCUUCACAUGGCUACCCAUGGUGAUAGGAAAUUUACAUGCUCUGUUUGUGGGUCCAAGUUUAAGUUUAAACACCAUCUUAAGAAACAUCUGAAUGGUGUUCAUAAGAUCACAGAAGCCCAGGUAAUGUCUUGCCCUUCUUGUUACUUGGUCUUUCAAAGUCAAGAGGAGUACUGGCAACAUGUUAUCAACUGCAAACCAAACUAAUAUAGGCAAUGGAUAAACAUUAAAUUUCCAAUCUAAUGAAUAGGAUUUAGAUAGGUCUGCUUAUUCGACCCAAGAUUUACAGUGAUUUCAUUUUAAGUUUAUUUUUUCCAUGAGUCACCUUUAACCAUUUCUUUCAUCUAAUUUGAUUCCUUGAGUUUGAGACUGAGACAUUUCCCCCCUCACAUCAUUGCAACGUUUUAACUUAAAAAAAUAAAAUAAUAAAAACCAUUCAUUUUUGUGUGUGCAAUUUUGUAAUCUAACAAAAUUUUGGGCCUAUUUUAUUACUUAUUCUUAUGUGUAAAGGACUUGAGCUUUGUUAUUAUGAUGUGAACAGUUGGUUCUAACCCUACGCUGAAUAUUCUGGAGUUAGCCUAAAAUAUGUAGAGUUUGCCAUUGGCAGUUGCAUUUUUUUUUUCUUUUAAAUAUUUUCAUAUACGGUAAUAAUUUAUAAUACAAAUAUAACAAAGUGACAUUUUUUGUGUGCAUCUUAUGUAAAUGAAAAUGUGUCUUUAAUUAUCAUGUGGUACUAUUACUAUAGUAUUGAUCCAACAUUUGAUUUAUUUAAUAAAUUAUUGUUAUGAAUGCAUGUUUUUCCAUUGUUCCUCUGACAUUGUUAUGAAGGGUGGUAAAACAGCCAGAAAUUUAUUAAGUACCGUACCAUAUAUUAGAAUACUUUGAAUAUUUCUAUAAAAUACCGGUACAGAAAACCUUUUCCCCCCAAAUAGAGUUCCACAAGAUAUUUUCCCUCUAUCACUGUCAUUAUUGGUUAUGAAUGCAUUAUUUAAUUGUUUUACUGAUACAUAUUUGUUGUGAGUGCAUGUUGUCAAAUGUUUCACUGAUUUUUCUUGUUUUAUUUGAAUUGUUUCCAGAG